GUGAUAUCGGGGUUAUGGAUGAGUUGGGAUUCAUAUCAAUCAACGGUAGGCUUAAGGAUAUGAUUAUAAGGGGCGGCGAAAAUAUAUAUCCCCGAGAAAUAGAGGACUUCCUUAUCAAACACGACGAUGUGAUUGAUGUCCAGGUCGUCGGAAUUCCCGAUGAGAGGAUGGGCGAGGAUUUGGUGGCAUUUGUUAUUAAGAAAGGCGACAGUAGUUUAGAUACCGAUUCGUUAAGGGAUUUCUGUAAGGGAAAGAUAAGUCAUUUUAAAAUACCGAAAAACAUUGAGUUUGUUGCCGACUAUCCCCGGACAGUGACCGGAAAGGUAGAGAAAUACAAACUCAAACAAAUGGCACAAAAACUUCGUAUUGCCAUCAGAUGUCUGUCCACUGCCCGGGCUUUCACUGCUCUCCUGUCCGCCGACUGGGCUCUCCUUCUGUGCCUCAGAAGUGGCCGUCUUUUCCGAUUGACUCGAUUUGGCGGAACUGGUGGUCGCCUCCGGUUCCUUGUCUUUGAGAGAACCGGUAGAUCCGGACGCACCGCUCACUCAAGUCACCGCGAGAUCCGCUCAAUCGGUGACCAUAUCUCUCGCCACACGCUGUCAUACUCUGCGACAGUGUCUACGCACGCGAUGCGGACACACAAUACGAUGGAUCAACUCAUAUGCGAUGAUCUGAAGGCGUUCGAGAGGCGACUCAUGGAGAUCGUGUCGACCGAGAGGCCGGCCACCCGGCGCUGGCGUGUCAUCCUAUGCGUGUCCUCACUGUUGACCUCAGCCUCG